AUGGAGAGCACGCCCAAUGGGGAGAUCCCCGUCUUCAGGGGCGAUAUCGUCAAUUCGCCAGAGUCCACGCUGGAGGCGCGUACCCCCGAUCCGGAAAGGCUUCUGAGGGCGUACUCGCAGUCGGCCGCGUCGCUUAACAUGCUGCGCGCCCUGGCCAAGUCCAGUGAGACUAUGCUGGAUUGGGUCCGCCUCAUCGACCGCCUCGCGCCGGAGAAGUACGCCGCCUUCGUCGAACAAAUUGAAGACGCCUUAAACUUCCUCACUGCCUGUGGCUUGGAUGUCACGUCUUCUACUGAGGGCCUUCAAAACCUGCGCGAGCCCGAAUUUUACUCCUCGCAUGAAGCCCUGCUUCUCUCCUACGAGUCGGCCCUUACGCGCCCGUACGAGGACCCGGAGACGGGUGAGACCUUGUGGUACAACUCCUCGGCCCAUAUGUUGUGGGUAGGAGAGAGAACCAGGCAGCUUGACGGAGCGCAUGUCGAGUUCCUUCGAGGCGUCCAGAACGCCAUUGGCGUUAAGGUCGGUCCGACGAUGGAGCCUUCGGAACUGCUAAGCUUGAUCGACACCUUGAACCCACGUAAUGAAGAAGGCAAGAUCAUGCUCAUCGUGCGCAUGGGGUGUGACCGCAUUGCCGACGGCCUCCCACAGCUUUUGCGCGCCGUCAAGAGGGAAGGGCGGUAUGUCGUGUGGAGCAUUGACCCGAUGCAUGGAAAUACAAUCAAGGUUGGCAAUGGAAUCAAGACGAGGCCGUUUGAGAAAAUCCUUGCCGAGGUUGACGCCUUCUUCGCGGCCCACGAAGCGGAGGGAACCGUACCCGGGGGCGUGCAUUUGGAGAUGACUGGCGAGGAGCAUGUCACUGAAUGCCUCGGGGGAGAUGUGAACGAAAUCACCGAGGAGAGGUUAAUGGAAAACUUCAAGAGCACUUGUGAUCCGAGACUCAACGGGACGCAGUCCAUUGAAAUGGCGUUUGAAGUUGGGCAUCGGCUUCGGAAGAUUGCCAAAGAAGCUAGGCGAAAGCAGUCACAUAGGUAGAACGUUUCGGAUGUAGGUUGUUCCCCAGAUGAGGCGCAGCCGGCAUGUUACUUCCUCUGCAAUAGUAAGAGUAUUAGCAAGGGCUCUCUCUUUUUCAGUGAGUGCUUCGUUUUGCUCCUUUUCAAUAGGUUGUUGUUCUACUCUGA